AUGCAGUGCUCUUCGCGCAGCCUGGGCAGGGUCCCGACGGCUGCAGGGACGCAUAUGAAGCGCUUCAAGACGGUGCUGACGCGCGUGCAAACUCCUUUGCGCCCGAUUUCGCCCGGCACAUCGACAGACAGCGCGGACAACAUCUCCCUGCCCGCGGGUGAGGGCCGCCAGCGCGGCCGCAGCGACGGCGGCCCCGACUACACGGCGCCCUCGCGCAACCUGGCGCUGGAGCUCGUGCGCGUUACAGAGGCCGCCGCGCUCGCGUCCGCAAAGUGGUUUGGCAAGGGCGACAAGGAGGCGGCCGACAAGGCAGCGGUCGAUGUGAUGAGGCGCGUCCUGGCCGACAUCAAGAUGGACGGCGUGGUGGUGAUUGGUGAGGGUGAGAAGGACCAGGCCCCCAUGCUAUACUGCGGUGAGGCCAUCGGUGACGGCAGCCCCCCCAUGGUGGACAUAGCGGUUGACCCACUGGAUGGCACCACACUCACGGCGCAGGGCCGCAGCGGCGCCCUGAGCGUGAUCGCCCUGGCGGAGCGUGGCGCCAUGUUCAACCCCGGCCCCGCUUUCUACAUGGAGAAGCUGGCCGUGGGCCCGGGCGUUGACCCGCGGCGCGUGAGCCUCAAGUACAGCGUGGCCCACAACCUGGAGGCCAUAGCCAACUGCCUGGGAAAGCCAGUGGGGGACGUGACUGUGCUGGUGCUGGACCGGCCGCGCCACGCAGACCUGAUCCGCCAGAUCAGGGAGGCGGGGGCGCGCAUACGCAUGAUCUCGGACGGCGACGUGGGCGGAGCCAUUGAGACAGCCAAGCCCGGGGCCCCCGUCGACGUCCUCAUGGGCGUGGGCGGCACCCCCGAGGGCGUCAUCGCCGCGGCCGCCCUCAAGUGCAUGGGCGGCCACAUAGAGGGUGAGGGAAGGGGCGCGUGCACAGGGCGCUGCGAGAGUGCCAGCUGGGGGCGGCAGCAUUGGCUGGUCGCGGGCAGCUGA